AGGCGGAUAGGUACAUGUUACUUAAUCGUCAUAGGCCUUAAUAAAACAAUUUUUUUUAAACAAUUAAAUCUCGACAUCUUAGACAAAUCCAUUAUUAAUCUUGCAUAGAUCAUUGUUUCACAUAUAAAGUUGAUACAAUGCAGAUGAUUCAGACAACGAAAUAUUUAUUAGUACAGCUAAAAAAAAGUUUAUAUUUGAAGCAAGGAAUGGUUCGCAUUCAUACAACUCUUUGUAAACAACAGCUAGUCCAACCUGUGACAGAACUUAUAGAAAUCUUUAUUGAUGAUAAACCAGUCCAAGUCCCUCCAGGAACAACAGUUCUAAAGGCAGCAGCUUUGGUAGGAGUUGAAAUACCUCGAUUUUGCUAUCACGAAAGACUUGCAGUCGCUGGAAAUUGUAGAAUGUGUCUUGUGGAAAUUGAGAAACAAGUGAAGCCCGUUGCUGCUUGUGCAAUGCCCGUAAUGAAAGGUUGGAGAGUAAAGACGAAUUCUGAUUUAACACGUAAGGCUCGAGAGGGAGUUAUGGAAUUUUUAUUAGUUAAUCAUCCGUUAGAUUGCCCUAUCUGUGACCAAGGAGGUGAAUGUGACUUGCAAGAUCAAAGUAUGACAUAUGGUAAUGACAGAAGUCGAUUCACAGAUAUUCAUCAUAGCGGUAAAAGAGCAGUUGAAGACAAAGAUAUUGGCCCACUUAUUAAAACUGUAAUGACACGUUGCAUACAUUGCACACGGUGUAUACGUUUUGCAUCUGAAAUCGCUGGCAUUGAUGACUUAGGGACAACUGGACGAGGUAACGAUAUGCAGGUGGGGACUUACGUAGAAAAACUAUUUAUGUCCGAAGUAUCUGGAAACAUUAUAGACUUAUGCCCUGUUGGUGCUUUAACAAGUAAACCCUAUGCUUUUGUUGCUCGUCCUUGGGAAAAUCAUCGCACUGAUAGUAUUGAUGUACAUGAUGCUGUGGGCAGUAACAUCGUUGUAUCUCAUCGGACUGGAGAAGUUUUAAGAAUUCUUCCUAGAGUUAAUGAGGAAAUAAAUGAAGAAUGGAUCACUGAUAAAGUUCGUUUUUCUUACGAUGGACUUAAAAGACAAAGGUUGAUAACGCCUAUGCUGAAGCUUAAUGAAAAAUUUCAUGCUAUAGAUUGGGAGGAAGCUCUUAUUGCCGUGGCAAGAUCCUUACAAAAUCUGCAGCCUAAUAAAUGUGCUGCUGUUGCUGGUAAAAUGACAGAUGCAGAAACAUUAAUCGCUAUGAAAGAUUUACUGAACAGUUUUGGAAGUGAUCUCUUGGCAACAGAACAACAAUUUCCAGUAUUUGGUGCAGGAAUAGAUUUUCGGAUAAAUUAUCUUUUAAACACAAAAAUUAAAAAUAUUAAUGAAGCUGAUGUCAUUCUACUUAUUGGUUGCAAUCCAAGGUAUGAAGCGCCAAUAAUUAAUAUUCACAUUAGAAAAGGAUAUUUGCAGAACGAACAAACAGUUGGAAUAAUUGGACCUAAUUUAGAUCUUACUUAUGGAUAUGAGUAUUUAGGGAACUCUCCUGAUAUAAUUACACAACUUAAAUCUGGCACACAUGAAUUUCUGGACUAUCUAGUAAAUGCUAAAAAACCGAUGAUUAUUCUUGGAGCUGAACAACUGACUCGUAAAGAUGGAAAUGUUAUUCUUGCGGAAACAUUGUCUUUGUGUCAAUUAAUUGAAGAUCGCUCAAAGAUGCCAAAAACUUGGAAGGUAAUGAAUAUUCUACAUACCAAUGCAUCACAAGUUAGUGCCUUAGAUAUUGGUUAUGCAUCAUCAUUAGAGGAUGUUAAGAAAAAUGAACCUAGCGUUGUUUUUCUUCUUGGAGCUGAUGAAACAUUUCUGAAAAAAGGAGAUUUUCCGAACUCCUUCAUAGUUUACAUAGGAAGUCAUGGAGAUAAUGGAGCAGCAUUAGCUGAUAUAGUUUUACCAGGUGCUGCUUAUACAGAAAAGUCUGGAACUUAUAUUAAUACAGAAGGUAGAGCUCAACAAACGAAUGCUGCAGUAACUCCUCCAGGAAUGGCACGCCCGGAUUGGAAAAUCAUUCGAGCACUUUCUGAGAUCGCUGGAAAUCGUUUGCCAUAUAAUAAUUUGAAUGAAAUAAGAAAUCGCUUAGGAGAAAUAGCUCCACAUUUGGUUAAAUAUGGAUGCCUAGAAUCUUCAUGUUUUUCUUUCCAAUUAUACAAUGCAUCAGAAGUUACUCAACAGUCAAUUUCAUCAGAACCGUUGGUAGUCAAGCAGAAAAGUCUAGAUAAAUUCUACAUAACGGAUGUCAUAUCGAGAGCAUCUCCAACAAUGGCUAAAUGUGUGCAAGCUGUAUUAAACAAAAAUAAGAAGUAGCUUUGUUUAUUAAGAAUUUUGUAAAUAUGCACCAAAUAAUCUUGGUUAAGUUUUCUUCGUGUUAAGUUUUUGUUUAACAUUUGAUUUGUAUAAUUUAAAGUAUUACUCAUUACUAGACAACUUGUUUGUAUCAAAUUAUCAUUUUAAAAUUAAAGUAGUCCAAUAAUUUUUACCUAAUUAACAUUUUUACAAUAUUCAAAGGAACUUCUACAAUUUCUGGAAAACCGUACAUGGCUUACCAUUUAAGAAUUCUCAACUACAUCAUAUAAAUAUUUGAAGUUGUAUUAAGCUUUAACAUACUGACAGUGCAACGACUUAUCUCUCAGCCUACACACCAAAUUGAAAUGUAAUUCACAUUAAUAAUUUUUUUUCUUGAUAAACAUCAAAA